AUGAUUGUCACUCCAAAUCUCCCUGAGACAAAGAUUGCUAGGCUUCCUCCAAAUCUUAUGGCUGUGUCUCAGGAUGUGAUCGACCCCAUUCCAUUCUUUUUUUGCAAAAGUUUACAUACAGAGCUAAAUGAUAAAUUCACUCCAAAAAUAAUUAUAAUAUCAAAAUGUUAUUGGCACAGUGGUUUCCUGGAAGUGAAUGGAGGCCUUGCUCGUGUGGUGCAGACCAGUGUCCCGAAGCACCGCACCAGAAAAGCUGGUGAAAUCCCAGAGGUCAAUGAGCUUCAAACGCCCCUUGGGACACUUGUAAAUGGGCUGUUCGCAGUUCCGGGAUGUAUUUUGACUUACGUCUUUGAGCUGUCAAAAACUGGAGUAAAAGCACAGCUGAAAUCUGGAGUUCACAGUUUCAUUAAGGAUGAGGUCCAGCACGAAAUAUGGCUGGGGAGUUAUGAGCUGUUGGUGCUCAAGUAA